AUGAUCUGUGAUAAUGCCACGCAAAAUGCAUCUAUUUAUAGAGACCUCGCAGCUGCCACCAGCGGGCUAGCUUCCAGCAGCAAACCCAAGCCCGACGUCAGCUCAGCUGUGUCAGUGCUGUCGUCCUCUCCGACGACGAGUGUCACCAGCACCACCAUCAGACCGCCGCCGCCCUUGCCAUCGUCAUCGGCGACAACGACCGACGGCGACGGCGGCAGCUUCCUCGGCAGCUUGCUCAACAUCCUCAUAGAUGACGCUUUGGCCGGUGGAGGCGGUGAUGCAGGUGCUGGUUCUGUCAUCGGCGGUGGCAGCAGCAGCAGUAAUCAGCAUCCGUCCUCGUCGUCAAAUCAGAAUCUGAAUAAUAAUAAUAAGCCAUCAGCAAAUGCACCUCCUUCUCCCCCUCGAUUCGACGAGUGCGGAAAGGCCACUUUCCCCACAUUCCGCAUCGUGGGCGGUGAUGAGUCCCGGCCGGGCCAGUGGCCCUGGAUGGCCGCCAUCUUCCUGCACGGCCCGCAGAGGACCGAGUUCUGGUGCGGCGGCACUCUCAUCUCCCAGUUCCACGUCCUCACGGCGGCUCACUGCACCAAGGACGCCAGGCAGAACAGAUCCAAGGAAUUUUCCCGCUGCGACGACAUUUUACCGUAUUAUUUGCAUGCCUCGAUCAGCUUCAACUCGCGGCAAUUCACCGUUCGAGUCGGCGACCACGACUUGUUCAACGCCGCCGAAGCCGCCAAACCGGACACCUUCUCCGUCGUCGAGUUCCGCGUGCAUCCCCGCUUCAACGGCAACGGUUUCUACAACGACAUUGCCAUCUUCAAACUGGACAGGAGAGUCACCUUCAACGAGUUCGUGCGGCCCAUCUGCCUGCCCACCAGCAACAUGCUCGUGGACGACUUCGUGGGCCAGACGCCGUCGGUGGUGGGCUGGGGCUCCACCUACUACGGUGGCCAGGAAGCCACGCACUUGAGGGACAUCGAACUGCCCGUGUGGAAGAACGCCGACUGCGACAAGGCCUACUUCCAGCCGAUCGGCAACAACUUCCUGUGCGCGGGUUUCGCCGACGGCGGCAAAGACGCCUGUCAGGGUGACUCUGGAGGCCCGUUGCUGCUCCUCAAGAACGCGCACUGGUACCAAAUCGGCAUCGUGAGUUUUGGCAACCGUUGCGCCGAACCGGGGUACCCGGGGGUCUACACGAGGAUCACCGAGUUCAUGGACUGGAUCCGUGCCAACGUCAACUGA